AUGACUCCGUAUCAAUUUUCACGGGGAUUAACAUACGACGCUCCGGUACCACCUUUUUUACGAGGUUUAACCCAACCAAACAAAGAGACAAAUCUUGAACAAGAAGACGAUGAUAAUGAAUCAUCGGAUGAAAUAGAUGAAAUAAAUGCUAAUAAAGAAGACGAAAGACCACAAAUUGUUGUUUUAAAAGAAGGAAAACAUUUGAGUGAACAAGAAGUGAAGAAAAUUUUGGCAUCAAAGGAGAAAGACAAAAAAAAAGAAGAAGAGGAAAUUCAAGAAGAUUCACCAGCUUUUGAUGAGAAAACCGGAAAACUUCUUUUUCGCCAUCCAAAAAAGAAAGAUAUAGCAAAACAAACAACAGAUAAUAAAUUAGAUACAGUUGUUGGUUCAUCAAAGACUAAAACUAGUAAAUCUGACACAUCUAUAAAAGCUGUUAACGAAGUUAUUGACGGAAUGAAACGUAAAAGAGAUAAUAAAAAAGAUAGUAAAAAAGAAAUUGAUACAUCAGUUAGUACGGAUAAAAAACCUAGACCUAAAAAAACCAAAAAAACACAUUUAAGUUUUGAUGAAGAAGUAGAUCUAGUGAUUGCUGCAGAUACUAUAGUCGUUUAUGAUGGAGAAAUAUUAGAAAAACCAAAAGAUAAAAAAGAUGCACUAAAUAUGCUUCGAAAAUUAAAUGGAAAUUCGCAUUGUGUUUACACUGGAAUAGCAUUAGUUUACCCUAAGAAUGAAUCUGAUUAUGCAAUUUCAACAUUAAUUGAAAAUACCGAAGUUGUAUUUAGAAAUAACAGUGAUGACGAUUUUUUGGCUUAUAUUGAUACUGGAGAACCUCUGGAUAAAGCUGGUAUAUAA